AUGUCAGAUUUUAAAGAUGAAGAUACUUUUACAUUUUUUACACCUUUAAGGGAAGAAAAUGAUGAUGUUUCAAAGAAUGACCAAUCAUCUUUAUUAGUUGGGUUGUUUAAUAAAUUUUUCAAAACAAAUACUCAAGUAAAUCAAACUUUUAAUAAUACGAAGAUCAAUAAUAGUAAUACAUCUUCAAUUACCGAAAAUAGUGAAAAUGAUAUAAACAAUAAAAAAGAUAGUUUAACAAAUGUAUCUCUUGCAGAUGAUGCAAUGGAAGUUCUUGUUAUAGAUAAAAAUUUAGAAAAAAAAAAUGAUCAAUUAAAAAAAUAUGAUCAAUCUGAAUUUAAACGUUAUUGGGUACCUGAUUCAACGGGAAAAGAAUGUUAUGAAUGUCAUGAAAAAUUUAAUGCCUUCCGUAGAAAACACCAUUGUCGUAUUUGUGGUCAGAUAUUUUGUGCCAAAUGUACCAAUAAUACUGUUGAUGGUGCUGUACUAGGAUAUAGGGAAUUCCUUCGUGUCUGUAAUUAUUGUAAAAAAAAUAUUAAACCUAAUGAUAAACAUUUUCAAAAAAAUGGUUAUGAUUCUGAUGAAGAAUGUAUAUUAAAAUAUAAUGAUGAUAAAACAUUUAGAAAUACAAAUGAUAAAAAAAUUUAUGAACUUUCUCAAAAAAUUACUGAAUCUGCCUUUGAACCAACGAAUAAUGUUAGUUCUGUUUCAAUGAAUUUUCCUUUAUUUAAAAAAAAUGAUGAUGGAAAGAAUAAUGUUGCAAAUUUUAGUACAUCUAAUGAUAUUACAUCUUUUCAACCAACAAAUAUUGCAUGUGAAAAACAAUUACCAACAUUUUUAAAUAUUGAUGAUUUGGCAAGAAAUUCCAUUGAAACAGAUUAUACAAAUUCUGUUGUUGUUGCAACAAAUUUUAAAAAUAUACAACGUAAAGAGGAUUCUUUAUUGGGUACAAGUGAUAAUAAUGAACCAGAAUGGGUUAAAAAUAUAGAAUUAUCCAAUUCUAGUAAUCAAUCUGAAAGUAAACAAACUUCAGAUAGUAAUCCUAGUUCUUUUAAUGAACAAAAAUUAUUUAAUACCUGGAAUGUAUUAAAUAGUUCAAAUAAUUUAAAUGAAAAAAAUAACUUAUCCACCAAUAAUGAGAUGCCCCUUAAUUUAAAAGAUGCUUUUGAUAAAAAAUUAAAUGAUUUUUUAGAUGUAUUGUUAGAAAAAGAACAAAUAGAUAAAACAAAAUGGAAAACAUUACUUUGGAAAUUAUCUAAAGAGAUAAAUGAUACUGUAGAAGUUGAUGUUCGAAAUAAGGGUGAUAAUAUGAGUAUUUUAAAAUAUGUUCAUAUAAAAAAAUUUUGUUGUAAUGUUUCAAAACCAUCAGCAAAAUUAAUUAAUGGAAUUGUAUGUUCAAAAAGUGUUGCUCAUGCAAAUAUGGCCACAAAAAUUUAUAAUGGAUCUGUUAUGAUGUUAAGUGGUAGUAUUGAGUAUGAACGUGUAACAGAUAAAUUAUCUUUUAUAGAUCAUAUUUUACAACAGGAACGAGGGUAUUUAUCAAAUCAGGUUGAUAGAAUUGUUUCACGUCUACCAUCAAUAUUAGUAGUUGAAAAUUCAGUGGCAUAUGUUGCAUUAGAUAUGCUUCUUGAUAAUAAUAUUUGCCUUAUUCAUAAUACAAAACCUAAGAUUAUGAAAAGAAUUGCCCGAAUUGUUGGUUCUGAUGUUUUACCUGCUUUUGAUGCACAAAUAUUAAAUCAGCGUAUUGGAUAUGUAUAUCAUUUUUCACAAGAACAUAUUUUAUUAAGAGAUGGAAAAAUAAAAACAAUAUUAGUAUUUAAACAAGAAUCUGGUAUAAAUGGUGUCUCAGUAAUAUUAAAAGCAUCCUCAAUAAGAGAAUUAAAAGCUGCUAAAAGAAUAUUAAAAUUAAUGACAUUAGCACGUUACUCAUCCAAACUUGAAAUUGCUUUACUUGAAAUGUUUAAUACAAAGCCUAUUACAAUUUCUUCAUCAAUAACACCAGCCAAAUGUCUUACAUGUCAAUUAAAUUUAAUGGAUUUAGAUUAUAAUGCUAAAAAUGGUUUUUUACAUGAAAUUAAUUAUUGUCAUAUAGGAUGGUCUCCAUUUAUAUCUGUUGGUCCACCAUAUAUGGAAACUAAACGAGGACAAUCAUCAGCUAUAAGACAAUAUCUAAAAGAUAAUUUAUUUCCCAUUGGAAAUGAAAGUGACUAUAAAAUUUUGGCUGAAGAUGAAGAUAAAAAAGAAAAUGAUUUGUUUGAAUGUAAAAAAAAAUUCAAAUUAUUGGAAGAAGAAAUUGAGGAUAAUUUUCAACAUUUUUUUGUAAAAGAAAAAAGUUUAUUAAUUGAGGAUGUAGAUGAUGACAUGAGUUCUUAUAGAGCUGUCUCAGCAAAAAUAUUCAAAGACCGUUGUGAAAAAAAAAGAAUAAUGGAGAAAGAGUUGAUGGAGAGGCAGGUUCAUCUUGCUGAUGAUGCAAAUAGUCCACUGAGAAUUCUCCAAGACAGUGAUGUUUUUAAUCCUGAAAAUCAUCAAAGAAUAUCUUAUCUUUUUGGGUCAUUUACCAAAAAAUCAUCCAACCCCUUUUUUUGUGUCUUACCAUAUGUAUUAAAAAUGGAAUUUUAUUCACAACAUGAUAUGUGUCUUGGAAUGUUUUUGUCUAAAUAUUGUUUUAAUGAUGAUUAUAAAUGUUAUGAUCAAAAUUGUUCAGUUCCAAUGAUAGAUCAUCAAAGAAAAAUUGUUCAUAGAAAAGUACGAAUAGAAAUAAUAAGUCAAAAGUAUGUUCAGUCUAUUGAAGAUAUAAAUUUAUCUAAAGCAACAACAUCUGCUUUUAAUCAGGAAAAUGUAAUUCUUUGUUGGCAACAUUGUCCAACUUGUAUUGUAUCUUCUGCUGCCACACCACUACCACAUGAAGUUUGGCAUUUAUCAUUUGCUAAAUAUAUAGAAUAUUUGGCAAAUUCUAUCAAUUGUGUAAAUCUUUCAACAUCACAAAAUUCAAAAAAUUCAUGUAAUCAUUGUUCAUUUCAUGAUCAUCAGCAUUUCUUUGCCUACAAUGAUUAUGUAACAUCUUUCAAAGUUUAUCCAAUUAAACCAUUUCAUGUUCAAUUUUCACCUAUUAUAUGUUUAAUUGAACCAAGAUUUGUUUCAAUUUCUGGUUUAGAAUUAGAAUAUAGAAAGGUAGAUUCAUUGGCAAAAGAUGUAUUUGAAAAAAUUAAUGAAAAUUUAGUAAAAUUAAAAUUUCAUCCAAGUGGAAUUCGUUUUCAAUUAGUACAUGAUACUUUAAAGGCAUUCCUUGAAAAAAUAGAAGUUGAAGUUAAUGAAGCAUUACAACGUAUAAGUACAAAUAAUAUAUUUCAAUCAAAUAAUCCUGUUAUGUCAAAUAAUAGUGAUGUUUUAAAAAUUAAUGAUUUAUUAAAUUGGUCUAAUCAUAAACUAUAUGAAUUAACUACAUUAUGGAAUGAUGAAGUGGCGAAAAUUAAUUCUCAAAGUAAAUCACUCAAAAAAAGUUCAUCUUCAAUAAAUACCAAUACUGAAGAUAAUACAAUAAUAACAACAGUUUCAAGUGGAAAUUUAUCAGUAUCUUCUACAGAUACAAAUACACCACUGGAACUUGUAACAAUAUAUGAUCCUUUUCCUGAAAAUAUGCAUUUAUCAUUACCUCAAACAAAAGAUAAUGUUUGUAUUAUUGUUAAAGAUUUAAUUAGUAAAAAAGAUUCAGUAAAACCAGAUUAUGGAUCAAUCAUUGCUUAUACUUUAGCAUCAAAUGAAUAUAAAGAGGAAAGGAUAAAACUUAGACAUUUAAAAAAUUGUAUGGACACUCCACUAAGUUUAAAAAUUCCAGAGUCACAAAAUAAAGAAGAAGUUUCAUCCAGAAAUAACGAAGUUCACCAUCAAAAAAAUCAUAUCGAUAUAACCUUUGAAGAUAUAAAUGCAUCAUACUUUGUUAAUGUUUACUAUGCUGAACAUUUUCAAAUGUUGCGUAAAAUUUGUUUUGCUGAUGGUGAAGAUAUGUUUAUAAGAAGUUUAUCAAGUACAACUAUGUGGAAACCACAAGGUGGAAAAAGUGGUUCAGAUUUCUAUAGAACAGAUGACAAGAGAUUUGUAUUUAAAGAAAUGGCAAAACCAGAAAUAGAUUUCUUUUUAACAUUUGCCCCUAAAUACUUUGAUUACAUUUAUAAUUCUAUUACAGAAAAAAAAAUUACAUGUUUAGGAAAAAUAUAUGGAGUUUAUCGUGUUUGUUAUAAAAAUAAAAAAACAAAUUCUCAAUAUAAAAUGGAUAUUCUUGUUAUGGAAUACCUUUUUUACAAAAAAAAUAUAAAACAAUAUUGGGAUUUAAAAGGUUCAUUAAGAAAUAGAAAAGCAUAUCCAGAAAAACAUCACGCUAAAGAUCAAGUUUUACUAGAUGAAAACUUUGUUAAUAAUUUAUGGAAUAAUCAAUUUUACGUUCAUCCUCAUGCAAAAGCAGCUUUAACACAAGCUAUAGAUAAUGAUUCCAAAUUUUUGAGUGCACAAAAAAUUAUGGAUUAUAGUUUACUAGUUGGGGUAGAUUCAGAAAAUGAUGAAGUUAUACUUGGUAUAGUAGAUUAUAUGCGCCCAUAUACAAUAGAAAAACAAAUUGAAAGUGCGGUAAAGAAAGCAGCUCUACCAGGAAACCAAUUACCAACAAUUAUUAAUCCAGAAGACUAUAGAGUUCGUUUUAUGGAAGCUAUUAAUAAUCAUUAUAUUCAUGUUGCACCUGACCAAUGGACAGGACUUGCUUCAAUUUCUGGUUUUUAA